AUGGCAAGUAGCUCAAAGGGGUCCAUGAGCAGCUAUGAUGAUGUAGUGGAAGAAGGCGAGGAGAAAACGAUUGACAGAUUGAGUGAUCUUCCUGACCCCAUUUUGCAUCACAUUCUGUCAUUCCUGAGCACCAAGUCCCUCUGCAGGAGUGCAGCCUUGGCCGAAUACGUUCGCAAUCUUCUGUCUCUCCGCUCCAACUCCUUAUCUGUCGUCAGCAUCUCCUUCAACUUCGGAAGUUCUAAGGGGAUACGACCGGAUAUGCAUCUGUUUGACAGUGUCAUGAAAUAUGCUGCUGCCUCUCGUCAGUCUCGUGGUAGGAAUGGUCAUGAUCUUAACCAUUUGUCCAUUUCUCAUGCGAACUGCGACCACAGAUUCGGCAUUUUGGCUGCCAGCAGCAUGGCGGCUCAUCAUCUGGAAUCUCUCGAGACCCUCAAUUAUUCGGGUUUCAUAACCGAGCUGGUCGGGUUGUGUGUUCCUUCUCUGGAUUGCGCGGACAUAUGCGUUUGGUGGGAUCCCAUCCAGGUUGAAGAGCUGCAGCUUCGUUAUAAAUAUAUGAAGCUGUUGAGUGAGUUGCAUAAUGCUAAAUCUCUCAUCCUGCGCUUUGCCGACAUAUGCUAUGCUAAAUCUCUCUCUCUCAGCCUGCGCUUUGCUGACGUAUACGACGAGUUCGGGGUUCAGAAGAGCUGGGAAGAACACGAGUUUCCUCUUACCAGCAUGAAGUCGUUAAUGGAGCACAUAGCAUCUCCGUUCACCCGACUGAUGGCUUUGAGAGUGCAGUACCCUCAAACUCCACCGAAGCCGCCUCGUGAAGUAAUCAACUACUUUUUUGGACGCUCUCCUCGUGCGAAAGGCAAGUCUGUUCAGUUCGAGAAGAGACAACAAAUGAUGAAACAAACAUGGUUCUGCGACGUGUAGUUUGUAGUUAUAGCAGAAAGCAGUUGAUGCGGAAAAGAGGCUAGCUUGGACUCUUGUUGUAUUUCUCUCUUCUCUUCAGACUUCAUAUCCUUCUUUGAGAAUUGAGAAGAGAAAGCCAAUGUUGGAUCGGACAUGGUAUUCAUGCUGCAAUAGGCGUUGUGAAAUUACUUGUUAGCUGCAAU